GGUUGGGGGUGCCUGUUGCUUCUCCAGCACCCUCGUCCGGCCCUUCGCCGGGCUUAGGGAGGCCGAGGGAAGUGCCGCUAGUCGCUCCUGAGGAAGGUGGGAGUCAAUCACUUUGACAGGUCUCCUGAAAGGAACAACCAGCAGGAGUUGAAACAUUUUUCCAUUUGGUCUCGUGGCAGAGGUGCAGAGAUUGCUCCAGCAGCUUGACACAACAUGACGUGCUCACUCUUGCCCUCUGAACAGUCUUCCGGUACAUCUUUUUUGCCUAAAGACAAAGCCCCAUUUUCGUGGGGUUCCUUGGAUGAAGAUGGGUUGGAUGACUCCUUGUUGGAGUUGUCUGAUGGAGAAGAAGAUGAUGACCAUUUCAGUUUCACGGAGGAAGAGAUUGAGAUGCUCUUGAAAGAUGAUGAUGGUGGUCAUGAUGAGAAUGGAGAGAGAAGAAACCAAAUUCUACUUGAUAGUUCCCAAGAAAAUAAUACGUUGUAUAGCUUGGGACCAGCAGCUGAGACCCCUGGCUUCUUCAAACUACCUCAACUCAAUACGUCAGUUGGUCAUGGACCAACUCCCAAUAAAUCAUUAAACAGACACUUUGUACUUGAAAAAAAUCUUAUAAAAGUGACUGUUGUUGCACCAUUUAACCCAACAGUUUGUGAUCCUAUGCUGGAUAAAGACAAGAUUGAUUCAUCCAAAGACACUGAAAAGCCCUCCUCUCUUGGGGAACGGAAAGAUGAUCUUAGUUCAAGUGAGAGCAAACUUUGCACUGAACCUGAAGGGAUCAACCCCAAUAACUCUGCCUGGGAUGGAUCUCUAUAUUCUUUUUCAAACAGUAACUUUGAACAAACUGUCUGUGACAAAAAUAUAUUUGACAGUAAGAAACCUACACCUGAGUCCUCUCAGACUUCAGAUCAUUCAGAGAAACCUAAUAGGGGGUCAUCCUGGAAAAAUGGUGAAUCACAUAAAUCAGGUUGUGAAGCAAGAUUUACAAUUGUCUCCAGUUCAUCAAACAGACAUGUUUUUGACAAGGAUUCUGGGGAGAUGAAAGUCCCUGAGAGAAUAGGCAAAGUUGUUCCUGUUCUACAAACCAAAGCCAGGAUGGUUUCACAGUCAGAGCUAGAAAAACAGAAGGAACUUUAUCUCAGCAGAGUCAUUGCUCAUAUAGAAGACCCAGGAGAUUCCAUUCAAGGUACCUCAAGGGAGUUAGAUACCUUAAUGGAUCAAGUUCAUAUGCAGAAUCCAGACUGGCAGCAUCCUUCAGAUCUUACCACACGAAAUUAUGCCCGGUACCGACAGAAACCUCUGCAAAGAUACAGUCUGACUCAGUGGGUUAACAGGAACAAGCGAAGCCAUCAUCGGUUCCAGCGUCUCCCAGACUUCUCUUAUGGUCCAUAUGUUUCAUCCCAUCAACAGUGAAAGUCCCUAUCCAGGGUUUUGUCCAUAGCAGCAUCUCAUUUUUUUCUGCUGUUUUUUUAUUUUAGUUUAUUUUAUUUUUGCUUUGUAUAUUUUGAAUUUUAUUUUUCCACAAGAUUUUUAUUUAAAGAGCUUGUCACCUAUUAGAAAAGUUCGUUACUGACUUGAAUUUUUUUUAUGGGGACCCUCCUGAUCUUUUUGUGUCUAAAUGUUUCAGCAGUGUUUAGUAGAUACUUCUUUUUUAAAGUUUUUAUUUAAAUUGAAGGUAGCUGCCUCUUGAUGGCCUGCAUUAAGCCAAAGCACCCACCUCUCUGUAGAGGUGCAAUCCACUGGUGCCCAGAAGUCGUCUUUUCAUCUACUGUAGAAAGAAAUUCUUUUGCAGGCUGUGUAGACAGUGUUAUUUGCUGAUGACUUGUUAAUAGAUGUUACUUUUACAACCCUUCAUGUAAAAUUUGAAUCUCUAAAUACUUGUCAAUAUUUUAAAUUUGGCAAUUAACGACACAUGAAGUAGGGUGAAAUAAAAGUCCUGUUGUGAAAGGGUAAAUUUAAAAUGUAAGUCCCCUUGCUGGACAAGGCGGAGCACAUCUUUAAUCCCAGCACUCAGAGGCUAAGGUGGAAGGAUCAUUAUGUUUUUCUGUUUUCUGAGGCCAGACUGACACUACAGAGUGAGUUCCAGGUCAGCCUGGGUUAGAGAGAGACUCUACCUGUAAAAAGAUAAAAUGUAAAUCCUCUCCCUUCUGUACUGCCUUUAUUAUUCGCUUUUUUCAUUCUUUGUUAAACUUACUUUGCAGGUAAGCGCUUACAAGUCUUACACAUUUUAACUCUGACAGAAGACUGCUGGCUAACUUUUAUUGAAUACUUCAUGGUCUUGUGACUUUUUUCCAACUUCAAUGACCAUUCUUCUCCUGUGGUUCUGCAGGAAGUAUUCCUAUGUCCUGUUAACUCUUCUUCAGAACAACAUCCCUGCUGUCAUUGUUGCAGAGCUGUUCUUGAGAAUCUUGACUUGUUGUCAGGCCAGUGCCAUUGAGAGAUUCAUGGAUUGAUAGUUUCAUCUGCUAAAUUCCAAUUUGUGUAUAGAUGUUAGUCAAGGAGCCUCCAUGCUGUGGGAGCCUUUGGAAAGGCAUUCUUUUGUCUCCACAGAUAGCUUUGGCCUGAGUGUUAGCAUCUCCUUAUUUGAUCCGGCUUCAUAGUUUCACAUAACUGCUUAUGUGGGUCUAGUGAAAUUACAUUACCUGAUCUGUUAGGUUUGGUAUUCUAAUCAAAGACUUUAUACAUCUGUCUUAAUGGAUAUCUUAGGAAUUUUUUAUUGCUUUACAGACACCUCUAGAAAUAAUUUUGGGAAAUUUUGUGGUCUGGCAUUCAUACUACUGUUCACUCUCUGAAGGUUGUUCAUAGUUGCUAUAGCCACUGUUUGGUUUUGUUUCAUUAGCCCUAUUUUUGUAUGUGAAUAACCCAUCUUAAACAUCCUACUCCAUCAUAAGACAACUGACUUGGGAAAAGCAUGGUCAUUCAAGCCUCCAGUAAGUUUGGAUAGAUAUUCCUAAUUGUUUACUGGGAACACUUACACAGCCAAUGAUUUUCUUCCUUUUGGUUGCUUUGAGACAGGGACUCCUGUAGCUCAGGCUGACCUUGAACUCAUUAUGUAGCUGAAGAUGAUCUUAAACUGAUCCUCCUACCAGCACCUCCCAAGUGUUAGGAUUGUAUGUGUUUUACCGCUGUGCCUAGCAAAGUUCCCUGGUCACUUGCUUUAGGUCUGGGAGUAGAAUUCAACAGAAAAAUUGUGAGAAUCUAUUGUCUCAUUUGUCAUAAUUGGCAUUUUACUUCAUUGGUCAUUUCUCCAAGCUGCUGUAAAUUUGCCUAAUGGAGUGAGUAAGAUAUGCCAAACAUCCACCUUUGAGACCAAAGUGUAGUUAAAAUCAAGUGUAGCUAGUAGUGCUGUGGCUAAUUCUCCACAGAUUACCCAAGAAGUGAAGGGACAGCAUUUUGUGUAGGCAAAAAUCUGAGACAUUCUUGCUCUCCUGGUACAGGAGAGUUUUAAGAUUGACUGUAACGAGAGCAUUGUCUUUGCCAAAUCAGAUGACUGACAGGUUAACUAGAAAAUGUGACAAUCACAUUUCCUCUUAGCUCAGAUAAUUCUGUUUUUCCAAAGCUUUAGCAGCUUAAUUAAAUCUGUUGGACUGGGGGAGGAGAGAACACUGUUCUCUAGUGGUUAACAUGGUAUUCUUUAAGGAGAAAAACAAAGCCAAAGAAAACUCAUUAUCUGACAUGUUAGCCUUAAAGAUGGUAAUGGGUAGAGUCUGAAGUUUUAUUCUCUUUUUUGAAGCUGCAUAUCUCUUAUGUAUGGUGUUGGCCUCUAAAUGUUAUUGUUCAGAUGUAAUUCUUGCUGUAUUUUUAAAUUUGAGUAAGGGUUAUAUGCAUUUAACUGUACCUAGCUUUCUUGAUUAUGAGAUUCUCACUACAGGGGUCUUGGCAAAAAUAAAAAUUUGCUAUUUAAAUAGUUUACUUGUUAGUAAGGAGCCUGAAAUAACCUAUAGUUUUUCAUCUAAUAUAGGCUCUAAUUUACUUGAGUUGUCAAGAUCAAUUAUGAAACUGAAGUUUGGUGCCUCAUCUUUAUCAUAUUUUUCCCUUGUAGCAGUUGUGUUUAAUGUCAUUAAAAGAAAUAAAAGUUCUUGUCAGUG